CGGGAGUUUAGAUUUAAGGUGCUUAUGCAAAGGAAAGUCAUUCUUGUGUUUAUACGCGAGGAGGCGAGGUUCUGUGUAGUUGUUGUGUUGUUGCAUGUGAUAUUUCAUUCUGCGAAAAGGCACAUUACGAUGAGGCUAACGCCGAAGGUUUCUGCGAACAUUACCAAAAUGGUAGACUUUUACUCCCAAUUUAAUCCGUCUCCGCUUUCCAUCAAACAAUUCAUUGAUUUUGGUCUGAGUGCAUGUCAGCGCAAAUCAUUCGUAUUCCUGAGGAAGGAACUGCCAGUCAGGCUAGCCAACAUCAUGAAGGAGAUACACCUGUUGCCAGACCACCUCCUGCGCAUGCCGAGCGUGAACCUGGUCAAUCAGUGGUACGUGCGCAGCUUCCAGGAGAUCCUAGAAUUUGAGAAGACGGAUGUCAGCGAUGGCGUGCUGGACACGUUCUGUCAGGCGCUGGUAAAGAUACGGAACCGCCACACAGAUGUUGUGCAGACAAUGGCACAGGGUGUGCUGGAACUUAAGGAGUCCCAUAAAGUAGACCACCAGAUAGAGAACAGUAUCCAGUACUUCCUGGAUCGGUUCUACAUGUCCCGUAUCAGCAUCCGCAUGCUGAUCAAUCAGCACACACUGCUGUUUGGUGGACAGUUAAAUGACAGUCGUCAUGUGGGCUGCAUAGAUCCUCAGUGUGACCUGGUUGGUGUCGUGAAGGAUGCAUAUGAGAAUGCAAGGUUUCUGUGUGACCAGUACUACCUUGCUUCACCAGACCUUAUAGUCAAGGAACACAAUGGCUUGGUGCCGAAUGGUGAGGUAGACGAUGCACAGGAGUGCCUUGACCAGGCUUCAGAGCUGGAACAUGGUGUGCCCAUCAGGAUAGUAUAUGUGCCCUCUCAUCUGUACCACAUGCUGUUCGAGUUGUUCAAGAACUCGAUGCGAGCUGUCAUUGAGCACCAUGGCUCUAAUGCAGAACACCACCCUCCCAUUGAAGUUACUGUCGUCAAGGGCCGAGAGGACAUCUGUGUCAAGAUGUCGGAUCGAGGUGGGGGCAUUCCUCGCAGUCAGACGGAUCUGCUGUUCAACUACAUGUACUCCACCGCACCUCAGCCCCCCAAGUCUGAUGCCCACACCGUACCACUAGCUGGUUAUGGGUAUGGUCUUCCAAUCUCUCGCCUGUAUGCUCGCUACUUCCACGGUGAUCUUGUCCUGCUGUCAUGUGAGGGCUAUGGUACAGACACUGUUAUUUAUAUGAAGGCCCUGUCGAAUGAAGCCAAUGAAUUGCUUCCAAUCUUCAACAAGACAUCCAGCAAGUACUACCGCGCUUCAAUCCCAACAGCCGACUGGAGCAAUGCAAGUUCUAACAUGGGGAUCCGACACAUGACGACCACUAGUCCUCGCAGACAGACCGUGAUGCAAAACGAAAGUGCGCAUGCACAGUGCUAACACUGAUUGCACCUAGCCAAUUUUGGGCCUGGUUCUGUGUCAUUUGAGGCUUCUCUUUAUGGAAGCAAGUACUUACUGUGGAUAGUUUUGAGAGAUACGAAAAAUAUCCUCUACUACAGAUAUGUAUAGUUUCAGAUCCCAUGCAAUAAUUGUAUGCUGGUGCCACUGAUCUGUCACGCUACUCUCUUAUUGUGACUGAUGCACAGAUGGCACCACGUCAGCAAGCUGUGGAGACUUGAAGCACCCUUACAGUUACUGCUGUUACCAUGGCAGCAUCACACUUCACUGGGCCUCAGCCAAACUGGACACCAUCUUCUCACCCAGUUACAUCACGCAAGAACCAGAAUCCAGUUGUACCAACAAACCAUUUUAGGUUGUGUAGUUUUAGUAACCGUAGUGCUGCGGUAUCUUAAAACCAAAUUUUAUUCGAAAUUAAUACAGAAUUAGAGCCAUUGUAGGACUUGGGAUGAGUUGCUAUUUCUGUUUCUUAUAAUUUGCUACUAAUGAUAAAAUUACAAUUACAAAAGACAAGUCCAUCCAGUGUGACUAUUUCAGUUAUCUAACUUGGUGAUUCACUAGCCUUACAUGUUUUGAUCCAUUUGGAUCAUAUUCAGAGGCACCAAACACUUUUUUGGAACCACUAUCACAGCAGUUGUCAAUCAAAUACACAUGUAAUGUCCAAGUGAACAAUGUUCCAUCUAUCAGUCACAGCAGCCUUUCUGGUUAUAGAAAUA